CAGUGUUUGCUUUUGUUUUCGUUGUUUAUGUUAAAAGAUUUGACUAACAAAUUGUUAUAAAUGAAUAUUUAUUUGUGUAAAUGAACUUGAGGCAAACCUAAGUCGGGCAAUCAAAUUACUCAAAAUGUUGUAUUGUCCACCAAAUGUGACUCUAAGCACUGUGUGGAUCAACCAUGGGAUCUCACAUUGUUUUAUGGAUACUGUCGGACCCUCCAUAUACGGUGGAUUCCUUUUGAUCUUUGGUAGCAUCCAAUUGUUAAUGUACCGCAAAUAUGCCACACGCAUCACGGAUCCCACACAUAUAUCCAAAUCGCGGCUAUAUGCCCUGCAGCUAUUUCUUCUACUUUUUGUACCGGUGCUGGCCUUGACACGAUUCUUUUUGAAUGCCCGAAUCUAUGUUGAUAGUGCAGUUUAUGGCUAUAUGAUCUUCUCUACCUGUUUGAUAUGCUUUGUAUAUCCAUUUUCUAUAUGCCUAAUACUGAAGGAGCGUUUUUAUCAACUACCCUCGCUGCCUACCAGGGGACAUGGCUUAAUAUUGCUUCUAUUUUUCACUUUGGCUUUUAUAAACGAGUCCUUGUCGUUUAUUAACCUCAGGCGCGAUGAUUGGUGGUUUCAACUGAAGAACAACAAGGAUCAGAUUGAAAUGGGUUUCUUUGUCGCACGGUUUCUUAGCUCUCUAGUCAUUUUUGUACUAGGUCUCAAAGCUCCGGGCAUAAUGGGUUUCUUCAAUCCCCAUCAACGUUUGGACAACGACUCAACAAGUGGGUCAACUGCAGCGGCCGACGAUAUCAGUGCCUCAGCCUUUCGUAACAGUUGGCGUAAGCUGCGCAAGCUUUUCCCUUAUAUCUGGCCCAAAAAGGAUCGCAUGCUUCAAGCUGCUGUGCUCAUAUGUGUUGUAUUAUUAAUAGCCGGACGUGUUAUUAAGCUAUUUUUACCCAUUUAUCGCAAAAUGUUGGUGGACAGCUUAACCAUAGAGCCGAUCCUAUUUCGGUGGGACUUUGUAGUUAUCUAUGUGGUUUUGUCAUUUCUGCAAGGCGGUGGCACUGGCACCAUGGGUUUAUUUAAUAAUCUAAGAACUUUUCUUUGGAUACGUGUACAACAAUAUACGACACGGGAGAUUGAAAUCGAUUUGUUCCGUCAUUUGCAUCAAUUGUCCUUACGCUGGCAUUUGCAAAGAAAAACUGGCGAAGUUCUGCGUGUUAUGGAUCGCGGCACUGACUCCAUAAACAAUCUACUCAAUUACAUUGUAUUCUCCAUUACACCCACCAUAUUGGAUUUAUUAGUGGCUGUAGCAUAUUUCAUUUAUGCUUUCAAUUGGUGGUUUGGUCUAAUUGUGUUCCUAACCAUGUUUCUUUACAUAGCUUGUACCAUCGCAAUUACUGAGUGGCGGACCAAAUAUCAAAGGAGAAUGAACUUGGCCGACAACGAACAACGUGCUCGAAGUGUAGACUCCCUGUUGAAUUUUGAAACUGUCAAGUUUUUCGGGGCGGAGAACUUUGAAGUGGAUUGCUACAGAGACGCCAUACUCAAAUAUCAGAAAGAAGAAUUUCUCUCAAUGCUGACCCUGAACAUGCUAAAUACCGCUCAAAAUAUAAUUUUGUGUCUGGGACUUUUGACGGGAUCUCUGCUCUGUGUCUAUAUGGUAGCUCACCAUCAGACAUUAACCGUGGGAGAUUUUGUGCUCUUUUCGACUUAUCUAAUGGAAUUGUACAUGCCACUGAAUUGGUUUGGCACCUAUUAUAGAGCCAUACAAAAGAAUUUCGUUGAUAUGGAAAAUAUGUUUGAGCUGCUAAAAGAGGAGGAAGAAAUAGUCGAUGCACCAGGAUGCAGUCGCCUCUUGACAGCUGGCGGUGGCAUUGAAUUCAGCAAUGUUACAUUUGGUUAUACACCAGAAAAAAUUGUGUUGCACAAUGUCAACUUCAGUGUGCCGGCUGGCAAGACAGUGGCUAUUGUUGGUCCUUCUGGAGCUGGCAAGAGCACGAUUAUGAGACUAUUAUUCCGUUUCUAUGAUGUACACACAGGAGCAAUAUUGAUAGAUGGUCAAAACAUUAAGCUGGUACAGCAGCAGAGUCUCAGACAGGCCAUUGGUGUGGUUCCGCAGGAUACGGUGUUGUUUAAUAAUACAAUAUUUUAUAACAUUGAAUAUGCCAAAUUGGGAGCCACUGCCGAAGCGGUUUAUGAAGCAGCACGGGCAGCAGACAUUCACGAAAAGAUCUUAAGCUUCCCGGAUCGCUAUGAAACGAAAGUGGGUGAGCGAGGAUUACGCUUAAGUGGAGGCGAAAAGCAGCGUGUGGCCAUAGCUCGCACUCUAUUAAAGGCCCCCAUUAUUGUGUUACUCGAUGAAGCAACCUCUGCUUUAGACACACAUACAGAGCGCAAUAUUCAGGCGGCUUUGGCCAGAGUUUGUGCAAAUCGCACUACAAUUAUAGUUGCCCAUCGUCUCUCGACCAUCAUACAUGCCGAUGAAAUUCUCGUUCUGCGGGAUGGAACAAUUGUGGAGAGAGGAAGGCAUGAACAGUUAGUUCAGCGAGAUGAUGGCAUUUAUGCAGACAUGUGGCAGCAGCAGCUGAAAAAUUUGGAUGCUGUAGAACAAAGCACCUCGGAAAAUUCAGAACUGUCAGAACAACAGAGCAACGUAAAGCCCCAGGCUAGCGGCGGAGGAGGUGCAUAUUUUAGGGCAGGACACGCCCAUGGUGGAACGCGUUAAAUUUUUCGAUUGAAGAAUUUUCUUUUGUUAUUAUUAUUGUGGCUUUAGUUAUUAUCAUUAUCCUAUAAAAUAGAACCAAAUAUGUUAAUCUUUUAAUAAAUAAUUGUAAUUUUUAUAUAGAAAA